AUGAUUGGCCAGAAGAGAGACAAGGACCCAGAAAACUGCCCCCUCAUAAAGGAUUUCAACUUCCCAAAGGUGCGACUCUCUCUCUCGGAGUUUGCCUCCAUACUUCCCAUUGCCUCCAGCUGCUGCACGGAGGUUUCACAUCAUAUUUCCAGAAGGCUUCUGGAAAGAGUGACCACAUGUAGCAUUCAGAGAGCUGACGGGGACUGUGACUUGGCUGCCGUCAUCCUUCACAUCAAGCGCAGAAGAAUCUGUGUCAGCCCGCACAAUCACGUUAUUAAGCAAUGGAUGAAAGAACAAGCAGCCACGAAAGAUGCUAAAGGCAACAUUUGCCAUAAGAAGAAACACCACGGCAGGAGGAAGAGUAAAGGGGCACAUCAGGGGAGGCAUCAAACACAUGGCCAUAAAACUCCUUAUUAG